GGCUUUGCGCCGUGCGGCUCGAAGCGGGAAGAGAAGCGUUGCGUGUCUGUCAUGCGGUUGUGAAAUUCGCAUUUUUUGAAAUUUCGCGGCUCGUAUCGUGCUUCGAAUAUCGCUCCUCGAAUCGCGCGCUUCCGAAAUUCAAAAAUAAUCAUCUAUCUCUCUUCGCGUAACGGACUGCGCAAGUUCUGUUCUUUGAUUCGAUAACAAUAUCUGUGCGUGUGGCGAGUGUACGUGUUUUUUUUUUUUAUCUAUUUUUUUUUCCAUCUUCUUGUUGAUAAGCCAUAUUUACGAUGUUCCGUCAGUGCGUAUAAGGGAUUAUUUAUCACCACGCCGUCGCGGUUUGAAGGCUGUAUACCUAGGCUGACGGUAUCAAAAAUAUAACCGGACUCUGUACACAGGCGGAGUAGAGCAUGCGUUGAUCGAAAUGGAGAGUAUAAACAAAAACGAAAAAGGCGCAAAGCGUUACGCGCGGAUCGGGGAUAUUCGCGAUUCCACCAAGGAUCUGAGGCAGUUGGAGGCGGCGCUGCGCGAGGCGUACGUGGCGAAGGAGUUGCGAGCUCAACUGUGCGAGGCGGAGGCUGAGCGACUCGGUGAACGAGCUCGAGACCGAGCUCAAGGCGAGGCGCUGCGGCGGUUAGCCGAGGAGGCGGCGAGGGCGUCAGAGGCGGCGGCACGGAUCGAUAAAUCGGCGAGGAUCGGCUACGGUAUUGAGCUACGCGAGGCGGCAGAGGCGAGGGAGCGAAAGAGGGUCGCGAGCUACGAGCUCGAGCUGCGGGAGAGCCGGAUACUCGCUGAGGUUUCACGGGCCGUGGAGGAGGCUCGUGAGGCGGAUAAAACGGCGGCGAAGCUCGAGCUCGCCGAGAGAACAGCGCGCGAGCUCCGCGUCUUCACCGAAUUCAGGGAAAUACGACGCAGUCAGGAGGCGGAGGCCGCGGCGAUGGAACGACGCAGAGAGCUCGAGUACGCAGCGGAGGUAGAGAGGAGGACCGAGGCGUUGCGCUUGGCUAGAACUGAGCGCGAGCUCGCGCGAGCAGCGGUGAUUGAGGCCGUUGCAAAGAGCCUCUUAGAGGCGCGGGAUCGAAAGUUGGAGCGUCAAGAGCUCCUGGCUGAUAUUGUUGCCGAGGAACGGUGGCUCCUGGAGGAGGCGAGACUCCGCGAGGAAAAACAAAGGCGCAAGAGGGUCAGAGAGGAGGCUGCGGCUGAGCUCGAACGGCACAGGAUACUCGUCGAAGAACGGAGGCUGCGACACGCGAUUGAGGAGGAGGAAUUCGCCGCUGCUGUUAUGCGCCGCGUAAUGGAGGACGCCAGGGUUCAGAGACUGACCGUUGAGGCCAGGAGGCGGAUGCAGAUCGAGUACCGGCGCGGUCUUGAGCUCGUUAUCGAGGAGCGUAGGGCCAAACGAGCUCGUGAGGUGGUCAGACUUCAGGAGGAGCUUCGGCUCGAGAGGAUGCGAAAUGCUGCCAUUGAAAAAGGAGUCAAGGAGAUGCGGAGGAGGCUGCUUAUUCGUCACGCCGGUAACGUUGCCGAGUUUAUUGCCGACGGAGCUUUGAGCUCGGACGAGCGCGCCGUCGUUGCCGCGAUCAUUGACGCCGCCCCAAAAGACGGAGAAAAGCCUGAUGCUUGAGCUGAUUGGAGAUCUGAUAUUGUUAUUUUUUAAGCUUAUUGUUGUUUUUUUUUUUUUUUUUUUUUCCACUGGAACGUGGGAGGCAAGGGAUCGGAAAAGCGACGGGUCAACGGCUGUGUGUUUUAAUUACAUUCCACGGCUUGGUUGGAGUGUCGAUUGCACCAGUAGUAAUUAAUAACAUAUCUCAGUAAGGCGUGGAGAGCCGGACGAAGGCUGCGUGCAGGGCCUAAGUGCCCGAGGCUACAACAGCCCCGAUGAGAAAUCGUCGGAUGAGUUACGCAAGUGGUUUUGUGUGCGUACAAACCUCCUCUCGCGAGCUCGGUACGGACAACGAAUAACCAGUCUGGAAACUAUUACGGAUGUAUCGUCCGUCCGAUCAGCCUCUCCCCCGAUCGACCGGACAAAUUGAUUUAAAUUUCACACUGCCGCAUCCUCGUUUGCGACAGGCAUUAGGUAGCCACGUUUGUGGGCGUCGACUUUGCGCCAUUUACAUAUCGCACCAGUUACUCGCGGCGGUUAACAAUAUUGUCAAUAAACCACUCGAGGUUGAUAAAAUGUCACCGAUGUCAUCUCGUUUAUUGAUUUUCAAAGUGCCGGUAACUUUUCCUUAUCUGCAGUUUAACCUCGCUGAUUGAUCGAUGUACGGGCAUGUAGCUUCGGAGACGAUUGGAAUUUACAAUGACGUUCUCGUUUCUGUUAUACCUCUUUGGCAGUCAAUUACCGAACACGAACUCAGGAUGCCUGCGAUACUUAUAACCCAGGAUGUGAGCAAUUCGCUCGACAGUCGACACGCUUCCCACCCGUCGCACUUGUCAACAGGUGCGAGUAACGACGUAACGACGAUUACAACCGACGAGCCCCUUCAAGGACUCUCAGAGAUUAUAUCACUCCUAGGUUGCAAUUAGUUUCAGCUCGUUUGCAGAGCUGCUCGGUGUUCCUGAUGACCACCGCGAUCGAUCUACAAAGUGCUAAUGUACGUCAUUCUCGUGAUGAAACUUGUCAAGUUUGUUUGUUUCCCUGCAACCAGAGAAAGUCGUUGGAUAUAUAAGAGCUUAUAACAGAUUGACAAACUACCACCAUUUGUUGUAAUAGAUUAAUUGAUACCCCGCGUUAGGAUUGUUCAACCAUUAUCCUGAUGUAUUGAUUCGAUCGGAGAAGCCAUCUUCAUACGUCAACGUCGGAUUACCGUUGCUUAUAUAUCGACGACGUUAAUGCAACGACGGAGAAGAGUAAUCUAAUCGCGUGUAGUGAAUCAAGUUCUGUGUCUGACGCGUUAGAGGUUACGAGGUAGACGAUUUCAAGAUAAACGCAAUUGCGCGGCAACGGUUGGAAGUCCAACUUUUUGUUGAACGUGCUUAAAUUCCGUUGUCAUCUGUCUUCUCUGGUGAAUUUAUUCACGCGAAACGGUUAAUGCGAAAUUGAAGAACGUUUGAAACAUCCCUGAACCGACACCUUCGUAUUUACUUUCACUUAGGUGUCAAGAAUGCUCACACGAAUGAUUAAUACUUUUUUUUUAUUACGUAUUACAGUUUGGUUUCUGCCAGAUGAUGGUGACAGUGAACGCUUAGAUUUUCAAGGAAAAUGCCGACAUCUUUCAUACUCUUGAAGUCGUUCGAUUAUUUAUAUAAUUAUGGAUAUAUUCGUGCGCAUAAAUCGUUUAAUUUUGUUCUUGUCAUGAUUAUCGUAAUCUGUAAUAUCUUAUCAGAUUUAUUCUCGUAUGAGUUAGCAGAUACGAAUAAGUUUUCUCGUACGCUUGAUAUCAAUGCAAUUAUGAUUGUUUACCCAUUGUAGUCGGCACGAAAUAAAUUUACAAAGAUAUUGGACAAUCUGAAUUAAGUUCAGUAUCGAAGAAUAUAUCAGAUUAAAAAAUCUUGUCGUUUGUGUCAUGAGUUAAUAUCGAAUGACUGAGUGUUCAAAUACGUUCUCGCCAAGAAACCUGCACGUAAUAUUUCUCACGGUCACACAGAAACAACACAAAUCAUUUUCUUAUUGUAAAUUAAUUUUGUUUCAAGGAACUAGCCACAUUCUAUUUCCUUGUACAAAACUUGAUGUAAACAAUACUAAGAAUAUAUUUUCAACAAAUAGUUAUUGAAUGUCUGACUACAUUUUUAUUCCUCUCCUCAAAUAGAAAAUAGUAAACAAGUUUUAUUGCUACUAACUGAAUGUAGCAAUAAGUAUGUCUACUCCUCUGGUUGAAGACGAUAGUGACAAGUCAAGAUUUGCUUCAAUCGCUUUACCGUGUUAAUGAUCGUUCAAGGUAACGUCAUUUUAAAACAUUUUGUGUAUAAAAAUUGUGGUAUAAAAAUUAUAUUUCACAUCGCACAUCUGUUCCCAAAAUUUUGCGUACCCAAAUAUAUAAAA